UAAACCCUGAUAGAGUGACUGCCCCUCUUACCCUUGCUCUCUCUUUCCCCACUCCCUCCCUCCCUCACUUGUCCCUUUAGCUUUUCUCCCCUCUCACUUCUUUUUCUGUGACAGAAUGGAGAAUAUGGGUUCCCCGGGACCUGCACACCCUGUGCCGGGUGCAGGGCCUGUUGCUGGGGUUUCUGUUGCCGAGACGGCAGGGGCUGAGGGAGACGAGGUACCGGCGGCGGUGAUCAACUCCAAACUGUUUCAGUGUGCGUGUGUGGGACGUUGGCUACCACUAGCCUACAGAGAAGAACUCUAUCACAUCUUACGGCUCACAGGCCCACUGCUGCUGUCUCGGGUUCUGUAUUUCUUCAUGCCGUUUGUUAGCACCAUAUUCUGUGGUCACAUUGGCAAUGCAGAACUGGCUGGAUACGCACUGGCCGCAGCGACCAUUAAUGUGACAACAACAUCAACAGGCCAUGGCCUCUCAUUGGCUUGUGACACACUCAUUUCUCAGACGUUCGGCGGUAAGAACUUGAAACGAGUGGGAGUCAUUCUGCAAAGGAGCAUUUUGAUCCUGGUGCUGGCCUGCCUGCCCUGCUGGGGCCUUCUCAUCAACUCUUACAACUUGCUGCUCCUCUUGCAGCAAGACGAUGAGGUGGCGAGAAUUGCCCAGCUCUACAUGAUGGCAUUUAUACCAGCUGUCCCAGCCAUGUUCCUGCACCAUCUGCAAGUUGCCUACCUACAAAACCAAGGGAUCAUUCUGCCGCAGAUGUACACAGCAGCAGCAGCAAACCUUUUUAACCUGGGGGCCAACUACGUCUUAAUCUUCAGCCUUGAGCUGGGAGUUGUUGGAUCGGCUAUUGCUAACAGCCUCUCUCAUGUAACGAUCUGCCUGCUGUUGUUUGGCUACAUCAGAUGGAAAGGGCUCCAUAAGCAGACGUGGGAAGGCUGGUCCAUUGACUGUCUGCAGGAGUGGGGCUCCUUUAUGAAGCUGGCUGUUCCCAGUUUGUUCAUGGUCUACUUUGAAUGGUGGAUCUGGGAGGUUGGAGGUUUCAUUGCUGGUGUACUUGGAGAGGUGGAUCUUGCUGCCCAGCAUAUGUUGUUGGAAAUAGGAGCCAUUACAUAUAUGUUCCCUCUAGGUAUCCAUGCAGCUGCCUGUGUGCGUGUUGGGAAUGCUCUGGGGGCCGGGAACACCGCCAGGGCCCUUGUCACCUGCAAAGUGGUCCUGGUUCUGUCAGGAAUGCUUGCUGUGCUCCAGGGUAUCAUCAUCGCUAGCUCUAAGUCCGUCAUUGGCUACAUAUUUACUACUGAUGAAAACAUUGUGCAGCUCACCUCAGAGAACCUCACAUUGUACACAUUUGUACAAUUCUUUGACGCACUCCUGUGUGUCUCCUCAGGGAUUCUUGUGGGAAGUGGGAUGCAGAAAAUUGCCGCCUUGGCCAACCUGGUGUGUUACUACUUCAUCGGUCUGCCAGUGGGAAUAAUGCUGACGUUUUUGGCCAAGCUCAGAGUAUUAGGCUUCUGGCUGGGCCUCUUUAUAUGUAUUGUCUUGGAGACUGGUUUCUACAUCUAUCUAAUCUUCAGACUAAACUGGAAGAAAGUCACACACAAGGCUCAAGUGCGGGCUGGAAGAAAAUUCAUGUCGAUACCAAUGUGUCCUGCGCAGACAGAGCUGAAUGAAGCAAUGGUGUCUGACAUCUCCGAUGGCCCGAAUACACAGAAUCUUUGCACCCUGAAGGCUCAGUUGGACAGUGAAGCAGCCCCUAACGCCGAAGGCUACAGUCCAGUCAUCACCCAGGAUCAGGACCUGAAAGCAGGCCUUGAGGCUGUGGCCAACAACACAAAUACAGGAGGAGCUGAGGGGGAUGCUGAGCAGAGCAGAAAGACAUCAAACGCCAAAACUCAAGUGCCGCUUUCAGUCACUCAGCUGAUCUUGCGGCGGGGACUCACCUUCAUGGUUUUAGUGGUCAUUUUGGCCAUAGGUGUCGCUUUCCAUGUUGCAUAUCCUGCACCUGAGCUGUCCGCCCACAGCUGGUCCAACUUUACCCUGAACUGGGCUAAUGACUCCACUCCUACACCACUGGCUCCGCUGUACCUGACCCAAAAUCUCUGAGCUGUCUUUGACCUCUGAAUGUACGCAUCUAGUGGCUGAACACAGUUCUCACAAACUGAUAUUUACAUCUCAGAGAGAGAGAAUAUCAAAUUCAUAGUUUAUUCAUCGACCUGGUUUGUUAUUUUGUAAAACUACAGCCUGACGUGGGCUACUAGAUUUGCUUUGUGUAGAGAACAAUAUGUCUCAGUGCCGCACUGCUGAGCAAAUCCACAGAGAGCUGGGAGCAAUAUCAAAUGAGACUGGCAGGAUGAACAAAGGUCUUGUAACAAAGAUCGUGUUUUAACCUGCUCAGCCUGAGAUGCUCAGCUGGGACUACAAGACACAUUAUAAACCCCUCACUAAGAGACCGCGUGGUUCCUCCACACAUAGCUUUUGAUUUUUACACUCAUUCUUGUCUUGAUUUACAUGUACUGUGACAUAUAUCUUCUUUUACUCACCUCAAAUCAUUAUCUUGUUUUUAAGCUGUAAGUGUAAGAUUGAGUAUAGAUAUGUGAUGUGAAAUUUACAUGUUUUCAUGUAAAUAUGAGCAGGCUACACCAACACAGUCUUGAAGAAAUACAUGAGCACAACCUCAACAAUUUCUUAUGUGGUGGUGGGCACAAAAUGGGUUAAAAUUACGUGUUGGCAACAAGAAAACAAUGACAAUGCAAAGUUUAUUAUGAGCGGCUGCAGUUUUGUCGUGUAACAGUCGCAGUUUGGUUAGGUUUAGGGAAAGAAAAACACUUGGUUAGGUGUAGUGAACAAAAGAAAACGGUUGGUUAGGUUUAAAAAAAGAUUGUGGGUUCGGUUAAAAUAACUGACCUUUGGUUUCACACGGGACACAAACAGCAGUGUUGUGGUUAAAAGUCUAUGUUUGUUUGACCCAUCCAUAAGAGUCCUGCAGGGGUCCCUUUUUGAAAACUGGCUUUCAAAAAAAAAAAAAAAAAAAAUGCUGUGGCUUGAUAACAGUGAUUAAGAUGUCAAAAAAUUA